CUGCUAAUGAACGACAAGACCGUGAAGGUCGCGAAUGUCCGCUUGCUGCGCGGCGGCAAGUUGACCAACACGUUUCUGUGGAUCGAAAAUGGAAAAGUCGCUGACCCUCAAGCACGCUACUGGCGGAGUCAAUCGUCCGCGGAAUAUGGCCCGCGCGAGGUCGUGGAUGGACGAGGACUCAUCUUAGCUCCAGGGUUCGUAGACAUCCAGCUGAACGGGGCGUACGGACAUGACUUUAGCGAUGUAAAGUGCACCGAAGCCGACGUGCUUGAAGUGCGUCAAAAGUUACUCGCGACGGGGGUCACAUCAUUCUGUCCCACCGUGAUUUCGUCGGCCCCAUCGACGUAUGCUCGCGUGUUGUCGAAAUUCCGGCGCACGUCCGACGGCCAUCUCGUGCGAGGUGCCAACAUGGUGGGGCUCCAUCUCGAAGGGCCUUUCAUCAAUCGUCAGCGCAAAGGUGCCCACAAGGAAGAAGUGCUUCUCGACCCCGUGGAUGGCCUGGCGUCGUUGGAAGCUGUGUAUGGCCCAUUGAGUCGUGACACGGUAGCUCUUGUUACAUUAGCCCCCGAGCUGAAGGGCGCUUCAUUGGCGAUUUCCCAGCUGGUGGAGCGUGGUAUCGUGGCCUCUGCUGGCCAUUCGUCAGCAACCAUCCAAGAAGCCGUCGCGGGGGUCGGUGCGGGGAUCUCCAUGCUCACACACCUCUUCAACGCCAUGGCGUCGUUCCACCAUCGCGACCCUGGCCUUGUGGGGCUUUUAGGCGCAACAGAGUGCCCUCGACCGUCCUACGGCCUCAUCCUAGACGGCAUCCAUGCCCACGCCACGUCUUGUCGCAUUGCGCAGGCCAGCCAUCCGGACGGUCUUAUCCUUGUCACAGAUUGCAUGGCGGGUAUGGGCCUGCCGGACGGCUCGUACGUGUUGGCGGACCUCCCAGUCGACGUCCAAGGCGGCCGCGCGUACCUGCACAACACCCAGACCAUUGCCGGCAGUGUCGUCCAAAUGGACACGUGCGUGCGCACGCUGCGCCAGUACACCGACUGCUCCAUCGAAUACGCCCUGGAAGCGGCGUCAUUGCAUCCUGCUCGAGCGCUCGGCCUCCGCGCCAAGGGCUCGCUCGAGUUUGGCGCCGACGCGGACUUUGUGCUCUUGACAGACGACCUUCGCGUCGUGCAAACAUAUAUUGCAGGAGUGUUGGUGUACGACCGACUAAACGAGCUAGAUCUUCGCGUGCCCUCGCAGAAUAAUUCCCUCGACGCCGCGGUACUUCAACCAUGGCGCCUCACUGCGUUCGACUUGGACGAUGUCCGAGCGUUGGACAAAGCAGCGUCGGUGGGAGACCUCGCCUUGGUCAAGCAAUUGCAAGCACAUGCCAACAUGCAUUGCACCACGGAUGCCAUGGACGACGCCGCGGGCAAUGGACACCUCGAGGUUGUGAAAUUCCUUCAUCAGCAUCGAUCGGAGGGAUGCACUACCCGAGCUAUGGACUAUGCUGCCGCCCGCGGCCAUGUAGAUGUCCUUCAGUUCCUCCACGAGUACCGCUCGGAAGGAUGCACUGCCUAUGCGAUGACGACUGCUAAGGCGAACGGGCACGGUGCUGUAGUGCGCUACUUGCAAGAACAUCAGCAUAGCGUGUGCUUGAACGACGUGAGGCUAACGGGCGACCGAGGUUAGGCCUGAGAUUACACAUCUUUGAAUAUAAUUGAAAAUGCAUUGGUAUAUGUACG